AUGUUCGGCAUCAUUAGUGAAGACCUCAUCGUGCGCAGGCAGCUCCAGCACCGGAGCCGUGAGGUGAUGCCGACUCUCGAGAACGCGUUCCACGUUUCUCCUUCGUGUCCACCGUGGCGCCAUCUCCACGCGCCGUAUCGCGCGCGUCGGCCUGGCGAGAACAUGGUGGUCGAGGAGAUGCUCGCGUUCUGCGAAGGUCUGAGCAACCCAAAGCUGGGUGUUGGGGCCUAUCAUCGUAGCAGCUGCGAGGCUCAUGUUCAUGGCUCUCGCACGCAGAUCAAAGGUGGGGUCACGCACUACGGCGCAGCCCGCUCGGUCAACUACGACUCCUGCUACGGGCUUUACCCAGAAAGGGGCGAGGAGUACGCGGACGGGUCCAUCAAGAAUAUCCAUCUCAACCCCAUCAAUACUUACGUGGAGAACAAUUGCGCCACGAUGCUCAGUACCACGCUAGUGAAUGACACUAUCGUCACUGCCGCAGAGGCGACUACGACGGACAAACCCGAGGACUUAGUGCACAAGAAGGCCAGGACGACGGCGAUCAACUCGUUCACGACGUUCCUGGCCGCGGAGAGCAUGACACUCGAUGCCACACACCGCCUUAUCGACGGGGAUAAGACAGAGGAGGUCGACGACGAGAAGAAUGCACCCCCGUGCUCUAAACAAGACUUAGAAGCUAUGGUGUCUCUACUGUACUCAACGGCUGCGACGGAGAGUGAAUACCUCGACACGGCCCUAGUCGUGAUGAUGUGGUACCUUUACGGUCGAAGCUCGGACGCGGAAACAGUCGAGAAGAGCCAGCUAUACAUUUUGCCACCUUCAGCACUUCCAUCAUUCAUUCGACUGAAGCCCGCGCAAGGUUGA